AGUUUGUACUCUUUCUUGUAGGCAAUGUCUAACUUGCACAGUGUGAGGAGGUCUCAAAAAUAUUGCUUGAAGCUGCCACAGCACAUGUGAAAUCACAAAUGUUUAUUGCUGAAUUGUCUUUUUUUUUUUUGCUGUCCCCUUGCAGAUCCUGGUGUGUCUGGAAUCUCCAUUGAAACAGAUAACAAAAAUGUAAAAGCAGAGGAGUUUAAAGAGGCUAUUCUUAGUUGCAAACACAAAUUUUCGAAAGGGAUGAGUUUAAGAAUAGAGUGGAAGAAAAUCCAGUCUCAAGGAGUCUCAUUUGUCUACUACAAUAGUGAAUUUACAGGUGAUCUUCGAGGCCGAGCAGAGAUGCUGAAUACAGGAAUCCGAAUUAGGAACGUGACUAGAAGGGAUUCCGGGACCUACCGCUGUGAAAUCAGUGCCAAGAGUGAAGAGGGGCAACGCCUGGGAGAGGCUACUAUUACUCUCACAGUAUUGGUUGCUCCAACUACUCCAGUGUGUGAGGUACCCAGCUCCGCAAUGACAGGAACGGUUGUGCAGAUGAGUUGUAAGGAAAAUGAGGGCUCCCCUCCAUCUGAGUACCAGUGGUACAAGAAUGGUGUUGCCUUGCUGGAGAAGACAGGAACAGGAAGUGCUAGAGCAGCAAAUAUAACUUACACCAUGAAUAAAAAGUCUGGCACUCUGCUGUUUAAUACAGUUACAAAGAAUGACACUGGAGAGUAUUUCUGUGAAGCCUCCAAUGGGAUUGGAUUAUCUCAGAAAUGCUCAGUGAAGCGAAUGCAAGUUGAUGACCUUAAUGUAAGCGGUAUCAUUGUGGCUGUAGUACUUGUGGCUCUGGUGAUAGUGCUGUGUGGCCUUGGAGUAUUCUAUGCCCAAAAAAAGGGCUACUUUGCAAAGGAAAGUUCUUCCCAAAAGAAGAUGAACUAUCAAUCUACAAGUGAAAAGGCAAGGCUUUUGUGUUCACUAGUGUGUUUUAAAUGCUUUAAAUAUCUUCAAAGUUCCUUAGAUCUGUAAUGUCUUUUCAUAUAUACAAACUCUUCACUCCUGCUGUGCCCGUACCUGGUGACACAUUAUCUGUCUGCAUUUACAGCUUCCUAUUGCAUGGUCUUAAGUGUAACGCAGCUGCAGCACUUUGCUCCAUACUUUGCAUCUUCUUGUACAUAUUGAUUAACUAACUGAGACACAGUCCAAGACAGCAAUGAGAGAAAGAUUGGGCCCUAACUCUUAUAAGAAUAAUGUGGGUCAAAAGCCUUGACUAAAUAUGGAAGCUGAAUUUACUACUUCUACGCCCACUUCCUUGAGUCAGCUCAAAGGGCUUUAACUACAUCUACAUCAUUUCAGCUUUUCACAUUGGUGCAAAAGGAAUAAAACUUCAACAAGGAGUGACUUAAUAUCACUAUCUACAGUUUAAGGACAAGAGGAGUUAAAGUAGCAUGAGUAAUACCGAUGUAACUUUAAAAGAUCACUGAACGACACCCAUUUUCUUAAUCAAAACAAAACAUACUAAAUUGCAUAAGCUUAAUCCUUGACCUAGUAUGUAUAUAAGAAAUUUCCUGAAACCAGCUAUCUGUUUGCUCUGAGUGAGAAAGAUAAAGCUUUGAAGAGCUAUGGUAUCUGUUUAUCAUUGUUAAUGCACUUAAAAAUCAGAUGCUCUGAACAGAGCUGUUUGAUACCUGUAUUUAUGAAUAGGUUGCUACUUCUGUGUAGAGUGCAUUUUGUAGACCUCCUGUCUCAGAAAAGAACAUUUACUAACAGUACAUCAGACACAUUUCUUGUCAAGCUCAGUGCCUUAGUUUCUUCUGAAAUGUACACUAAAUAUUAACCUGCUUAAAGUCUUUGAACUGUUAUUUAUUGUAACCUUGUUUGCUUCAUUUAGGAUUUCAAGCAUACCAAGUCCUUUGUUAUUUAGAAGAUUUCAGCCUCUGUGAGGGACAUCAAAUUACUACUUGUUAUACAAAAGUAUCAAUGUCCUGAUUUCAGCUGGGAUAAUUUUCUUCAUAGUAGCUGUGUUUUGGAUUUAAUAUGAGAAUAAAGUUGAUAACACACUGAUGUUUUAGUUGCUGCUGAGUAGUGCUUACUCCAAGUCAAGGAGUCCUCAGAUUUCCAUGGUCUUCCAGUGAGGAGGUGCAAAAGAAGCAGGGACAGAGCACAGCUGGGACAGCUGAUCUGAGUUGUCCAGAGGGAUAUGCAUAGAAUCACAGAAUCAUCAAAUAAGCUGAGUUGGAAGGGACCCAUCAGGAUCAUGAAGUCCAACACCUGGCCCUGCACAGGACACCCCAAGAAUCACACCAUGUGCCUGUCACAUUGUCCAAACGCUUCUGGAACUCAAACAGGCUUGGUGCUUGGUGACUGCCUCCAUGCCAGAACAUCACGCCCAGUAUUAAAACUGGGGAAGUUGGCCAGGAGGAGCCAGCUGCUGCUGGGGGACAGGCUGGUCAUCAGUCAGUAAGAGGUGAGAAACUGUUGUGCAUCACUUGCCUUUCUUGGGCUUUACUCCUCUCUCCUUUUCACUACAAUUCAUAUUAUUGUUGUUAUUAUUGUCAUUAGUAUUAUUAGUAUUUUAUAUUACUUUGUUUCAAUUAUUAAACUGUUGUUCUCUCAACCCACCAGUUUUACUUUUUUUUCCCCCAGUUUUCCCACUGGGCUGGGGUGGAGACAGUGAGCAAGCAGCCACAUGGGGCUUGGCUGCUGGCUGAGCUGCUGGCAGUUCUUUUUGGCACCCAGUGUGCGACUCAAAAGGUUGAGAUAAAAGCAGAUCUGACUAGAGCAUGUUAGAACAAGUUUGUUAUAAGCCUUCAUUGUAUUGGUUUACUAGUUUGCUGGCCACCAUAUUGACUCAUUUGCUCUAGGCCUGGGCUAAGGUUACCACUGUGUUGUUCUGUAUUGUACUGGCUUGUGAAAUGAUAAAAUGGCUGUUCAUGAGCCUGUCUGGUGCGUGUCCCCACUGUCCUUUGGGAGCCAUCUGGUGGAAACUAUCCACAGUUACAUCUACUGCCUUUUACCCUCAGAGAGCCAACCCACGGCAAAAACACCUUCCUUCCCCUCCAGGAUGAUUACAAUAGCAUUUGAGAAUUUUGAAGACUUCACAUAUCCUGUGACUACCCUUGAAACCAACCUGGUCCUUUUGGUAACAAUCAGUAUGUUGCAUAUGGUUUAGGCCUUCUUUAGGGUUAAGAAAAGAUCUGUGGCAACCAAAACCCCACCAACAUGUAUUGUACCUACAAAAACUUCAGUAACAGGUCAACAAGAGGCAACCACUCAAUCCUUAUUUCUGAGUGAGCUGAAGGAUAUACACAAGUAUUUCAGCUGUUGUCCUGAUGAGCAUACUACCAGCUAGCUGUUCCAAUGCUGGGAUAAUGGGACUAACAGACUGGAAUUAGAGGGCAGGAAUCACUUUGUAAGAAAACAAGCAUUUACAAACUGAUGGCAACAGAGACAUAAGUCCCCAACCACUGGAAGCGAGUCCUGUCAAGCCUGAAGGACAGGUAUCCUUACAAGAAUGAUACUACAUGUCACCAUGCAAGUAGAAGAUAUCCAAUACUUGAGGGAAUUGGCCAUGCUAGAGAUUUAUUUUGACCUGGACAAUACAAGGUUUCCCACAGAUCGACCAAUUCCUCUGCAUAUGACCCAUGUGGUGGAAGUUUGUAGAGUGUACCAAGACACACACCAACCCACUGAUGUUAAUCUGAAAAGACAUCACACCACCAUCUGUGGAUACAGUGGCUUGCCAUUGCUGGGAAUUUGAAGACCUCUUUUCCUCUCAUCUGUAGAGAAACUAUCAGAUAAACUGUCCUAGAAGUUUCAGCAGUUCAAGAGGUUAUGUUCUAUUCCUCUUCUCUACAGACCCAUGCUAAUGAGAGUAAGUGUUGGCUCAAGAGGGAGGAUAUGGAAGGUACACACCAUGGGAUACUCUGGGAGUUUAGCUGAGAGACCACAGAGAAGGCAUGAAGAAUUGGGAUGGGAGACCUACCUUGACCCUAGAGACAUGAAUUGUAAGGAAAACAAUCCCAAAUGGGGGUUCUUCCAGGAAAGCUGCUACUCCCAUCUCCAGUGGAUGGUUUCCCAGGCAGAGUGGAAGGGCUGAAUUUCCUCCUGAUCCUAUGGAAAGAAAUUCUAAUCCAUUUCUUCAAAAAGUAAGAAUGCAGGUUUAGAUGUGGAUUUUUUGAAAAUGCAUACUCCAAACUAGUCUGACUGUAAGCCCUCUUUAUCAAGUGAUUCAGAAGAAUGAUUUCACAUGGGGCCCUGAGCAACACCAAGCUUUUGACCAGAAUAAACUAGAAAUACUUGGAAAACAGUCACAGACACUUGGGCCAAGGAACAUGGCAUUUAGUGGGUAUAUUGUGUCAUGCACCAGCUGAGAAAACCACAUGAUCCAAUGGACUGUGAGACUACACUGAGAGCAAUGGCCAGGGGGAACCUUCAAACAUGGGGAUGCACAUUGGCAAAGACCACCUGGUGAAUGGGCACUAGAAGAUCUGCCAAGUGGGCUGGUUCUGCCCAAUCAAAACUUUUCCUGUAGGUGAGAAUAAAAUUCCUGUAGUGCAUAUGAAAACUGUCCUGCAGAAGACAGUCUGGGUUGUGCCUGCCUUGGACAAAGACAAACUCUUCUGUGGAAUUGUUUCUGCUGAAGGACUUGGGCACACUUUUUAAGACAGGAGGAUGGGCAAGUCUGGUUUGUGCAUUGAGUGAUGUUAAUUUCUGUGUAAUGCUGUGUAUUAGCACUUCUACGUCAACUGCAUGCCUACAAUUACACUGGGCACCUCAUGGUGCCUGUCUCCACCCCUCCAGUUUUGGGGAUCUGAACCCAGCUCCCCUGAACUGCCAUAUUAAGAAUGAACUUUGAUGUAACUGAACAAGCAGAGCAGUGACGGAAUCAGAACUGGCUUCAACAUGCAACAAUCCAACACCAGACACCCUCUUUCCUGUGACUGUCAUAAGCCAAAAGUCAUGGACUGAAUGAAUUCAGUAGACUUCUACUGGGAUUGUCUAUAGAUUAAGGAAAUGGUAUCUGUGUGUGCAUCUAUAAAAAGAUGGGAAAGGUGCUGGUAUAUUGGGAAGUGUGGGAUUCUGCGUGACAUAAAACAGAUGAUACUUUUCUGGUUUCAGCUGAGAGUUAAUUUUCUUCCUAGUAGCUGGUAUAGAGCUGGGUUUUUUUUUAAUUAGUAUUAGAAUAAUGUCAAUAACAUAAUAAUGUUUCAGUUGUUGCUCAGUAGUACUUACCCCAAAUCAAAGACUUUUCAGUGUCUGAUGCUCUGCCAGUGAGAAGGUGCUCAGGGAACAGGGCCAGGACCCUGACCUGAACUGGGCAAAGGGAUAAAACAUGAUGCCCAGUAUUUAAGCUGGGGGGAAGUUGGCUGGGAGGGGCCAUUUGCUGCUGGGGAACAGGCUGGGCAUCAGUCAGUGAGUGGUGAUGAGCACUUGUGCUCCUCAGGUUUUCUUUCUCUCUCUUUUUCCCAUAUUUUUACUUUGGUUCAAUUAUUUAAGUGCUUUAUCUCAACCCACUAAUUUUGUUUCUAAUUCCCUUCCCUACAGUAGGGGGAGGUGAUGGAGUGAGCCAGAGUCUAUGGGAUGCUUAGUUGCCAGCUAGGGUUAAACCAAAACAUCAAGUGAUCUUUUGACCUCUGCUCUGUAAAUAUUGUUUCCAUGUCUUACAUGCUGACAAUAGAAACUGCCAAUAUUUAGUCAACCUAGCUGUGAUGGCAUUUCAAAAAAACCCAACCCCCAAAUAAACUUAAAGACAAAUUAACUCGUAUAUUCUAUUUAGUUCUGUAUGAAAGCUUCUCAUUUUGUUCAUACGUACAUGCAGCAAUACAAGAUUCACUCUUGCAGCUUGGAACAAUCUAUUCAAAUAACUUUCAUAACGACCUCACUACUUGUCUCUCAGCCAUUGUCAGGGCUCAAUUUCUCCUGCAAUUCUGAUUUACUAGGACUUAAGAGAUGAUUUUGGCAAAUCUGAUACAGUUUCAAAGUGUGUAGAAGUAACCUCACUAUGCUGACAAAAUAAAUCUUCCUGUAACAAAAGCUCAAGCAGUGUUUCAGUGUUUAAUGUGGAAAUCUCUCUCUGUAGACUGCGUAUAUAGUUUCAUUCUAAAGAAAAAUCAUGUCAGUACAAUUCAAACUGUAGUAUGAAGACUCUUAACUGUCAAAGUGUUUAUGUAGUUUCUCAGAUAUAAUUAUUAUAAAUAAAUAGCUCCUCAGAAGCUAAAGUGUUUGUGUCAAUAGUUCAGUCACAGAAAUUCACACCU